AUGGGAGAAGAAGACAACCGCGCAGCCCAGCGCAGACGCUACGCCAGUAAGAUCAUCAAACUACACGCUGGUCAAGGUGGCGAUUUUCCUGACGAUCAUGUGGACACCGUCACUUCCUACGCGCAUUGGCUGUAUCAUCGAGAGAUCUCAGAUGUCAACUUCAGGCGGGAUGGCAAGCUCUACCCCGAUCACAUGUUCUUGGUCUCCCUCUGGCUUUUCGGCGAUAAAGUCCAAGACGACAAGUUUUGUGACGCGGCGAUCUGCGCAGUCCUUGAUACGAUGGACGACGACCGGUAUGUCUCACUCUCGAUUCCCGACGAGGCUGCCAUCAAUAAAGCCUACGACUCAACUCCAUUUGACUCGCCUCUUCGCCGUUUCUUUGUUGCAGUAUUGGCAGACCAUUGCCAGGAAGAAUGGUUCGAGACGAAUGACUACAAUGCUGAAUUCGUGCAAGACUUGGCUAAGGAGCUCGUUCGGCGACGAGGCUUCAAGAACUACAAGUCUUACUCGAAGGAAGCAGUCUCCGCAACAUUCAAUCACAUGAAUAAUUACAUGAGCAUGUGA